CUCAGUAACGUUAUCUGAAGCCGGCUAAAAGCGGUUUAAAUUGGGAUUUUUUUUUAUUUAAUCAAAGACUCAAAGCAAUCAGCAGUGUCUUUUUAUUUGUCGCUUUAAGAUCUGAUUUUAGUUUAUUCAACCGACGUUAGUGUUUAAGAAAGAGCUAGAGCAUUUAUCGUAUCUAACGUUACCCCCCGCGCGCGGGGAAAGCGUCUACGGGAAGUUGACUGGGCGGGCUACUGUGUCAAAAUAUCUAAAUCGAUUUCAUCGACAAUUUUCUUUGAGUGGAAUGAGCUACCAUUCACCCAUCGUGUCUGUUGCACAAUGGAUGUCCUCUCUGUCUGCCUAAUUGCCCAAGCCAAAACAAACCGUAACAGAUCUAGUCUAUUCAGAGGAUAGCAAUAGGCCCUCACUCCACCCUCUCCCUUGACGUUACAUAUCAGUUUAGAGCAGUGCAGAUUCUCCCUCUGGUGUCUGGAUUGCUUUGAUUUGCUGGUUUAGUGAAGGGCGAAGGUAGGUCUGAGGCAGAAAAACGGAUUUAGAAACACUAGUACCUCAAUUUUCUGGGGAUAAAAUAUCCAGUGUGCUGCUGCUUGAAUUAUUUAUACAUAUUUGGUUCUCUUACCUGUAAGAUUGUGAAGUAAAUUAUUAUUUUUUUUCCGUAUAACUUGAAAACCAUCUGCGCACCAUGGUAUCGACAACUCUGGCCACGAUAGCGCUUGUGAGCAGCACCAUUGCCGGGUUUGCUCCAAUCGAUACGGCAGACUAUCUAUGGCUCCUAAUCCUAGGUUUCGUCAUAGCGUUUAUCCUGGCCUUUUCAGUGGGUGCUAAUGACGUUGCCAACUCGUUUGGGACGGCAGUGGGUUCAGGUGUAGUUACCCUUAGGCAGGCCUGUAUUCUUGCUACUAUCUUUGAAACUGUGGGCUCUGUGCUGCUUGGAGCAAAGGUCAGCGAGACCAUCCGCAAAGGCAUUAUUGAUGUGACCAUGUAUAACGGCUCGGAGCAUGUGUUGAUGGCUGGCUCAGUCAGCGCUAUGGUUGGCUCUGCUGUGUGGCAGUUGGCUGCUUCUUUUCUGAAGCUACCUAUUUCUGGGACCCAUUGCAUCGUGGGGGCUACCAUUGGCUUUUCACUUGUCGCCAAAGGUCAGCAGGGAGUCAAAUGGUGGGAGAUUCUUAGAAUCGUUGCUUCAUGGUUCCUCUCACCUCUCCUUUCCGGCAUCAUGUCUGCCAUUCUUUUCUUCUUUGUUCGCAAACUCAUCUUACAAAAGAAGGAUCCAGUGCCCAAUGGUCUGAGGGCCCUGCCAUUCUUCUACGCCGUUACAAUGGGAAUCAACCUGUUCUCCAUAAUGUUUACUGGAGCUCCUUUGCUGGGAUUCGAUAAGCUGCCCUGGUGGGGAGUGCUGCUAAUUUCCAUCGGCUUUGGCCUGGUCACCGGCAUCUUCGUUUGGUUUGUUGUCUGCCCUCGACUCAAGAAGAAGAUUGAAUGUAAAUUAAAGUCUUCCAGUCCCUCUGAGAGUCCUUUGAUGGAGAAGAGGGAGCUGCAUGAAGCUCACAGUCCCAUCCUGAAACCUGUCCCUGAGGAAUCCAGUGCCCUGUCCUCUAACCCCCCCUCUUCCCCACCUCCUUCUGAGGAGCGCAAAGUCACCUUUAACAUUGGGGAUUCAGAUGACCCAGAUCAAAAGGACUGCAAAGAGUCAGAGACAGGCAUUGCUGCUCCAAGGACCCACGUUCAAUUCACCACCGGCCCCAGUCAGAUUCCUAGCAACGGUUACUCUCAGUACCACACAGUUCACAAGGACUCUGGCCUCUACAAGGACCUGCUGCACAAACUCCAUCUAGCAAAAGUGGGAGACUGCAUGGGGGAGGGUGGCGAACGGCCCAUCCGCCGCAACAACAGCUACACCUCCUACACUAUGGCCAUCAUUGGCAUGUACGGAGAAAUCAAGCCCAAAGAAGCUGACUUCCGUGCUUCCGAAGAUGGAGACAAGGAAAAAGCCAGCACCCAGGAGAGGAAGCGCGUCCGCAUGGACAGCUACACAAGUUACUGUAAUGCAGUGGCAGAGAAUGGUGCACCUGAAGGACUCGGCGAAGGUGAGGUCACUUUGGAGAUCGUUGACGAAGAUCCUGGGAGUAGCCGUAGUUCUUUGGAGGAGGAUAGAGCUGAUGCUGACAGACCGGAAGUGUCGAUGCUCUUCCAGUUCCUGCAAAUUCUAACCGCCUGUUUUGGCUCCUUUGCUCACGGCGGAAAUGAUGUCAGUAAUGCAAUCGGUCCCCUGGUUGCUCUAUGGCUGGUCUAUGACAGUGGGUCUGUUGUAUCAACUGCACCAACUCCGAUCUGGUUGCUGCUGUAUGGAGGAGUCGGCAUCUGUGUCGGUCUGUGGGUCUGGGGCCGUAGAGUCAUCCAGACCAUGGGCAAGGACCUGACCCCCAUCACCCCGUCUAGUGGUUUCAGCAUCGAGCUCGCCUCUGCCAUCACCGUUGUGGUUGCUUCUAACAUUGGUCUUCCAGUUUCCACCACUCACUGCAAGGUCGGGUCAGUGGUCUCUGUCGGCUGGCUGCGCUCCAGGAAGGCAGUGGACUGGCGGCUUUUUAGAAACAUCUUCUUGGCCUGGUUUGUCACUGUACCCAUCUCUGGCCUUAUCAGCGCGGCCAUCAUGGCCCUGUUCACCUACGUCAUUCUGUGAGGCCUUAAAAGUCCUCUGCUCUCAAGGAGGAACAAGGAUCCCCAGAGAGAGGAUGAGGGCAUGUCUCAACCUUCCCUUCUCUGUUUCUCUUAUUUCUUCCCUCCUGUCAUCCUCGUGAUGAGUGGGGGAUGAAAAGGCCCCUUUCGAUUGAGCCUGUGAUUUUUGGUUGCAUCAUUUUUAGCCUGUAUUGAUGAUUUGUGUGCAUUGCACCAUCACAUGCCAUUGGCCAGGGAAGAAAAGUUCAUCACUAGAAUGGUUGCCAUUUAAAUUCCCUCUUGUACAUAUGUUAAAUCAGUUUUUUUUUAUGUAAUUAUGUACAGAACUAAAGGGUUUUUUUAAGGUAAAACAACAAUUACAAUGCAGUAUUAGCUAGACUUCCUUUGACAUGCAUUUUUCAUUACUUUGUCAUUUGAGUUCCUUACAAAAGCGGUGUGAAGAAUUUAGGGAAGAGCAAUGGAGUUCCGUUUUUAUUCUUUACAUUCGGUAAGCAUGAGUUUUUCACUUUUUCUUAAGCAGCCCUGACUUAACCCACAAAUAGAGCCUUAUAACUCACAUUUUUAGUCCUGUGAGGGUUGAUUUGCAAAGAAACUGGUCACUCACAUCAUGUUCCUUAAUACAAUUUCAGUGCCCUUUUUCAGAUGUCUUGAUCUAAUUUUAGUUAUUUUGUAGGUUACACUACAAAACAAGCCUCUUGGUAAACUAAGCAGUUUCCAAAAAUAUUGAUAGUCCAGGCGUUCUUUUAGUGCUCUUUUUUUUAUUAAUGGGUUCCAGAACAUCAAACUCACCUGCGUGUUUUGCACCACUGUAAUUGAGCUGUUAAUAUUUGCUCUGCUUAGCCCAGCUUUGAAUAACUAUAACAGACCAACCUGUACUUGGAGAUGCAGUUAAACAUCCCAGCAGCUACUGCUACGAUUCAGCUUUUCCUUAAAGCACAGAAUGCUCUGCUGUAAUUGGUAUGCUAUUGGUGACUCUUAAAUGCAGCGCGUCCUUGAAUGUUUGCUGUAGACAAUUGAACUCCAUAUGGUGGAUUUUGGCCCUUUGUGUUCAGUCACCAUGGCUGCUGGAUGAAGUGUUACUAAAAUGCCCAAAUACGUUAUGCCCGUAUUACCAGAGUAAUGCUGCCCAGGGGCCAAAAGAUCCGUUUUUGGAAAUUAAAUUUAUAGAUGUAUAUAUAAAAAG